UUUGAAAGUGUAAACCCUCAAUCAAAUACCUAAGACUUCCGAUCGUAACCUUUUCGUGUUUCCUUGGUUCAUAAUAUCAAUCCCAAAUGGCAGGUUCAAGCAUUGUUGUUGUUUUCGAUUUCGAUAAAACGAUUAUCGAUUGUGAUAGCGAUAAUUGGGUGGUGGAUGAGUUAGGCGCCACCGAAUUGUUCGAACAACUUCUUCCUACAAUGCCAUGGAACUCUCUCAUGGAUCGAAUGAUGAAAGAGCUUCAUUCGCAAGGAACCAGAAUUGAGGACAUUGUAGCUGUUUUGAAAAGAACCCCUAUACACCCUCGAAUCAUCGAAGCCAUUAAAUCGGCUCAUGCUUUAGGAUGUGACUUGAAGAUUGUGAGCGACGCAAACACGUUCUUCAUCCAGACAGUUUUGAAACAUUGUGGCCUGAAAGAAUGUUUCUCGGAGAUCCAUACAAACCCUGGUUUUGUGGAUGAAGAAGGCAGGCUAAGGAUAUUCCCUCACCAUGAUUUCCCCAAAUCUUCUCAUGGAUGCGUUCAUCCCAGCUGCCCUCCUAAUAUGUGCAAGGGUACUGUGAUUGAAAAGAUACAAGCUUCUCAAUCGACGGAGGACCAGAAGAAAACGAUAAUCUACCUUGGAGACGGACUUGGUGAUUUCUGCCCAAGUUUGAAGCUUGGUGAUGGAGACUAUGUAAUGCCAAGGAAGGGUUUCCCGGUUUGGGACUUGAUUUGCAAAAACAGGAGCCUAAUAAAGGCACAGAUAUGGGAAUGGAGCAAUGGGGAGGACUUUGAACGCGUGUUGCUCAACCUUAUCACCAGGAAUAUUUCUAUUCACAAUAACAACACUACUGCCCAACUCCAAUCAGUUGACUGCAAACUAGAAACAAUGAAGUUGCCGGCCACGGCUAACGCUGAAGCCUUACAGCAUUCCCUUCACGUUAUUCAUUAA